GCCUAGCCAGAAAUACGUAUUGAACCCCACCAGACUCCGAUCCCAAAUGCCAGGCACACUAAGAUUAGAAUAAACUUGCUGGGGAGCACUCGGCAACCCAACGAAUGCCCUUCACGCAGGGAAGCGAUAGCGAGAACGAGUCAACCAUUUGAGGUAUUAGAUCUAAAUUGGUUGUUAUAAAGUUGACGACAUAAAUCAUCCCUAUUCCUUGAAGAUAUGCCAAGUUACCCCAAAAAGGCUGACAUGAGUCGAAAAAAAGAGCUGGACGAGCAGUCAUUUAGUCCAUCGCAUAGCAUCCCCGUCAUAAAGGCUCAUGAAAGUUGAAACACUUCCUAGAGCACCAGUUUUCAUCAUAGCCAGUGAUCUGCAUGCCCGAUGUCUUCAUACGAGCUUUAUCGCUACACCCCGUCUUUGGCGGCAGCAAUUCUCUUCAUAGCAUUGUUCAUCUUCAUAACAGCCUACCAUGCCUACCAAAUGGCCCAAGCGCGAGCCUGGUAUUUUACCUGCUUCGUGCUGGGCGGAAUAUUCCAAGUCAUCGGAUAUAUUGCGCGUGCACUAGCACAUAACAACACUCAAAGCGUGCCCAUAUACGCUAUGCAAGCUAUCCUAAUUCUACUCGCCCCUCCUCUCUACGCUGCAGCGAUCUAUAUGACACUCGGACGGCUUAUUACUCUCCUCGACGCGGAAAGACUGAGUCUUGUUCCAAUCAGAUGGCUUACGGCGGUUUUCGUCACUGGAGAUGUGCUAUCUUUUCUUCUGCAAGGAGCUGGCGGCGGCAUCAUGGCCAGCGGCACUCUCAGCGGAAUGACCACCGGUGAAAACGUAAUUAUGGGCGGACUAGCAGUCCAGCUCAUUUUCUUCAGUGUCUUUGUGAUAAUUGCGACGCUUUUUCACUAUCGCAUCCAUCAAAAUCCUACAGAAAAGUCAAUGUCUACGUGUAUUGCACGCAGUGGUUGGCGCAACCCCAAUUGGGAGACGACUAUGGUAGGAUUAUAUAUCGCCAGUAUACUAAUCUUGAUACGGUCGGUUUUUCGCAUGAUCGAGUAUGCUGGCGGGAAUGAUGGAUAUCUGAUGAGCCAUGAGGCUUUCAGCUAUGUUUUUGAUGCGAUGUUGAUGUUCUUUGCGAUGAUUGUGAUUAGCGUGCUUCAUCCGUCCAAGGUUUUGGGUUCAGGCAAGGAGGUGAAGGUGGAUAAGAGGGAGAGUGUGCAGUUGCAGAGAUUAUAUUCUAGUUGAGAUUUCCACUGAAAUAGAUGUAUAGAAUGUAGGUAU